AUGGGAACGCUAUGUAGGCAAUACCGUGUGGCGUGCCCACCAGUGGAGCAGCAAAGCUUUUUGGGAAUUGCACGACGGAUAUUACGUCAAGUUGGUAUUGCAGAACUGAAAGAGGAACUUAGCGACUCACCUGACUGGAUUACCAAUAGAAGCGUCCAGACUAUCUUUCGUGUAGAUCACGUAGCGGGAAUGGCGAAAGAGAGCCCUUAA